AUGAACCAUCACAUUUCCAGGGCCGUCCUACAACGCCGACCCUGCCUAGCCGAGGGCCUCUCUCCCCGAUACGUCCUCUUCGCCACCCGGUCCCUCUCCGCGAGCCGAAACGCCUCCUCCACAGCAUCCCGAACCUACGCGCCCGUCGCCCGAGCUGCCACCCCCCCGCCGACCAAGUCGGACGCAGAGCUGGCCCACUCUGCCUACAUCGUCAGACGGACGUCUUCCAUCCAACUGCCAGUGUACAAGCGUCUCAAGUCGGGAGGCAACCGCGUCGUGGUUCUGAUAAAAAAAAUCGACGGAGAUCGGAGGAAGCUACUGCAGGAUAUGGCGCAGUCUCUUGGAGUGGCCAAGGAAGAUAUAAGAAUAAAUCCUACGACGCAGCAUGUCGAGCUCAAGGGUGAUUAUUACGAACAGGCAAGGUCUUGGCUGCUCUCUCGUGGGUUCUAA